CAACGGCCCUCGAUCAGCUCUUCUUCCAGCUGUUUCUCUCCCCUGCUCUCUCCUCUUGUCUUGUCUUUCCUCGCCUCCCCCCUCUCUCCCCCUCCUCGAUUCUCCCUCUUCUCUCAGAUUUCCUUCUUGCAGGACAGCGACUCUGUCCUCGUCUUGCGCCUCGCCUCUCCCUCGAACGUCGUCGCUUCUCUUGAGCUGAAACGAACUCUUUUGCGCCGCCAUCAUUACAAAAGUUCCUUAAAACGCCGAAAAUGGUUACAGAACUCCCCUAUGCCCUGGACGCAGAGACGCCUCUGAACCCUUCAGAGCUCAGCGUCCUGCGCGCCCAGUUCGAAAAAGAAGGCGAAAUGGUCGGCGUCCAGACCAAAUUUAACUACGCCUGGGGCCUCGUCAAAUCAAACAACCGCAACGACCAGCAACUUGGCGUCCGCCUCCUCUCCGACAUCUUCCGCGUCUCCCCCGAGCGCCGCCGCGAAUGCCUCUACUACCUCGCCCUCGGCAACUACAAGCUCGGCAACUACGGCGAGGCCCGCCGCUACAACGACCUCCUCCUCGACAGGGAGCCCGCCAACCUCCAGGCCACCGACCUGCGCCAGCUCAUCGACGACAAGGUCGCCAAGGAGGGCCUUUUGGGUGUUGCCAUCAUCAGCGGCAUUGGCAUCGCCGCCGGUGUCGUGGGCGCCUUUUUGCUGCGGAAUGCGAAACGGAGGUGAAGUUGGCUAAUAUGAAACGACAUUAAAUCAAGUUUAAACGAGAUAUGAAAGAAAGAAAAAA